AUGUUGACUAAAGACAGCUUCGGUGAUCUACCAGAUCCGAUUGUCUUUCACAUCCUCUCCUAUCUGAACACCAAAGAGGCCUUUCAAACUUGCAUACUCUCCAAAAGAUGGAACAAUCUCACAAACAAUCUUCCAAUCCUAAUUCUAGAUUCCGACCAGUUCGAAUCUCUGGAAAAAUUCGACAGGGAAUUGUCUCAAAUUCUAUCUGUUCGCGAUGAGGACGACGAUUCAAAUUCUGUUCUCGACACUCUAGAUUUGGCCCUCGCCCCAAUUGAUUUCGGUGCCCGUGAUAGUUUCCCGUGGACUGACGUAGUCGUCAAACGCAUGGUAAGGUAUGCCCUAUCACAUAAUGUCCGGCGACUACGAUACCCUAUCACCUGUAAUAAUAUUCCGUUUCCACCUAUAUUUGCAUCUCAAACUUUAUCUUCUCUUGACCUUUCUGUUCCUCGUUGUUUUCGAGAAUUAGGUUCAAUAUUUUUAUUUCCGACUCAUCUCAAUUUGCCCUCAUUGACACACUUGACUUUAUCAUAUUUUCGAUUUGGUGCUGCCGAUGAUGGUUGUGCCGACCCCUUCUCCGCCUUUAACAAGUUGAAUACUUUGACCCUUAUAAGUUGCUUUGUUCUUAAUCCACAAGUUCUUAAUUGCGCUACAAGAAUGUAUCGAGAUGAUAAUAAUCAGCCAUUAAAACUCCGCAUAUCUUCGCCAAAUCUUUGUAACUUUUCUUUUAUUGGUAAUACAAGUCAAAAACUAUGUCUCACCCAUCUUUCUUCUCUUAAACACCUAUUCAUUGAUGCUGAACAAAUUGGCUUUCGAAACUCUGCCGCCGUCGUUCAAGAUGAUGCUGCAGUCCUACUCAGCUCGUUGCAAGACCUUCCUAAUAUCAGAUCAUUGACGGUCUCUUCUAAUACUCUGCAGGUUCUAUCUCUUGUUUCCUAUUUAUUCGAGGUUAAAUUUACUUCCUUCUGUAACUUGGAGUCACUGGAAGUACAAAUGAAACCGAUUUCAGGUCAAUUGUACACUAUUUUAUGUUUUGGCAAGUUCAUGAUACCAGGCGGCAUUCAGCUGUAUCAAGCUACAAUCAUACCUGAUGGAGUAAUUGACUGUUUGAUUCAAAACUCGCCUUCAGCAAAUGUUAGCGUCAUACCAUAUAAGAUCCAAGAUCCAAGAGAAGCACAAACUAGAGGUCGGAGGAAAUUCUUUGGUAAAAAGCAUACAAAAGCUAAACAAAUUUGAUAUGCUAAACUUCUGUCAGGACACCAAAAUCAAUGGAGGCGAACCGUCAGAAAUCUUUUUUGAGAUUUAUCUACUUUCUUGCCUUCUAAUUUAUCAUUAUAUUUUCUAUUUUACUGCAAGUAUUGUAUUCAAAUUGUGAUUUUUUAUUUUAUUUUCUAGAUAACAUGUUUAUUUAUUUUACUCUCUUCAUUCUAAUGUAUUAUAUUUUCUAUUUUA